CAGUACAGGUUUCAAUCUUUAGUCGAACUCGCAACAGCGCAGAAUCAACAACGUUGUCGCGGAUAGUGCGCUGUUAGAAUAACUCUAUCGGAUUAUUGUGAUUGAAGUAAUCGUAAAAAAAUGUCCGCGAUGGAACGCGUUAUUACCCAACUUGAUGCUGGGAAAGUACAAGGUUGCAAGUCUAUCUUACCUAAUGGUGGUAGCUACUACUUCUACAAAGGUAUUCCGUAUGCUAAACCUCCGGUAGGAGAACUGCGUUUUCGACCACCAGUGGCCUUGGAAAAGUUCGAAACGGAUGUCUUAGAUUGCAGCUAUGAGAGAAGUACUUGCUAUACCUAUCUGCACUUCCCCCCCAUGGUGGCCGUUAGUGAAGAUUGCUUGUUCGCUAAUGUCUAUACGCCGAUUGAUCCAACAACAGUGAAACAGAAGAAGCCGUUACCGGUAAUGGUUUGGAUACAUGGUGGAGGUUUCAUCGCUGGUAGCGGAGAUGCAGCGAUGUAUGGCCCUCGGUUCUUAGUGCAAGAGGAAGUAAUUGUGGUGACCUUCAAUUAUCGUCUGGGACCUCUUGGAUUUCUAUACCUCCCUGACAAAGGAAUCUACGGAAAUAUGGGAUUGAAGGAUCAACGUUUGCUGUUGAAAUGGGUGCACGAAAAUAUUUCCCAGUUUGGAGGCGAUCCGAAUAAUGUGACAAUUUUUGGUGAAAGUGCAGGAGGAUCAUCAUGUCAUUUGCAAUAUCUAUGCGGAUCUUCCCGAAAGUAUUUUCAUAAGGCUAUUUGUCAAUCGGGAACAGCUUUAACAGUGUGGACCGAGCAGGUGGAUGCCUUAUCUAAAACACGAAAUCUGGCCAAAUAUUUGGGUUGCAUUAGUGAAAACAUUGAUCACAUUUAUGAAACCUUAAUGAAGGCAUCGGCUGACGAUCUCAUAGCUGGCAGUGAACAAUGUGUAACAGCACAAGAUUAUGCUAUAUUUCGAUUAUUCGCGUUUACACCAGUUGUUGAACCAAUGGAUGCCGAUGAACCGUUUAUAACAGAGAACUACACCGACAUUAUCAGCAAACCAAACAUCACAAACAUUCCACUUAUGAUGGGAUUAACCAGUAAUGAAGCCAUUUGCUUUAACGAGUACCUCUCAAUUGAUCAAUUUGCCAACGAUGCAAAAAUGUUCGUACCGCCUCAAUUGGCAGUAUCAGAGGAUCAACUGUCGAAAAUUGGAGAGGAAGUGAAAAGAUUUUACUUCGAGGACCGUACUGUAUCAGCAGGAAAUUUACAAUCUCUUCUGAACUUUGUUUCCGAUUGCAUGUUCGUAAUUCCUGUUUGUUUAGCAAGUGAAUUACAUUCUCGAUAUAAUCAUAGUGCCCCUCAUUACUUCUAUCACUUUUCAUUUGAUGGCGAAUUGAACAACAUGAAGAAAACCAGUAAGGAAAAGAUGCAACUGGAUGGUGCGUCUCAUGCGGAUGAUAUGAUGUACAUGUUUGAAACUAGCUUUUACCCCACCGAGGAAGUGGCUAUCAGUAGCCAAGAAUACAAGGUCCGCAGUGCCAUGUGUGGGCUGUGGACUAAUUUUGCCAAAUGGGGUAAUCCCACCCCGGGAGAAGACCAAUUCGGAAUACUAUGGACAGAAGUUGGGCGGACUACUUCCGAUCAAGCAGAACGUGAUUUUAAAGUGUUGGACAUAAAUCAUCGCUUGGAAAUGAUUAAAUCACCAUUCAGUCAUCGAGUGAAUUUCUGGAAGCAGCUUUUCAAAAAAUAUAAUGGAAACUAUUUGAAAUAUCGCGCCUCAAAAUAAAGAAACUUCUUCUCAAGACUUUUUUUUUUAUUUCUUUAUUAAAGAGGCUUGCACCAUUAAGACUUAUUUAGUUAGUGAUUGUUCUAGAUUUGAAAAUUCUUCAAGCGUUUCCAUUUGAUUUUGGUUAUCAUCACCUACAAUAUUAUUGUAUAUGUUGAUAAACAUAAUAAUAAUGUACCAAUACAAAUAAUUAAAUUGCUCUUUUCAUUCCAGAUAGUCUGACAUUUUUUGUAGAUACAUAAUCGAGUGUAGAAAUGACAA